AAAUAUCCAAAACUCGAUUAGAGAAUCAUGGCAGUAUCAUUGAUUGUCGCAGAGCUCUUCUUGCUCGCCACAUCAUCGCUUUCAAUUAUCUUUGGAAUUAUCAACGUUGUUUCUGUAAACACCGUUGACAUGGAAGAAAUCAAAGCCUCAGGAGGAGAUUUUGAUGAGAAUGAAGGCUUAGUUGACGAAAACGAAGACGAAAAUGAGGACAGAAUUGACCCCAGGAGAAGGGAGACCGUUGACCAGAAGAAAUACGAAUUGAUGCUAAGGCUGCACUCCAAGAUCGCAGCUGGAGCCAACUCUUUCUUGUUCCAGGAGUACGCCUACAUGCUUGUGUUCAUCGUUGUCUUCGGUGCCAUCAUCGGGUUCCUCGCUGAGACCAAGCUCGGAGAAGUCUGGACUGUGAUUGCCUUUGUGCUGGGCGCCGUCAUCUCAAUCAUCUCUGGAUUUUUGGGAAUGAGAAUUGCUGUGGCCGCCAACGUCAGAACCACCAAAGAAUGCUCGAUUUCUCUGUCAAGAGGAUUUGUUGUUGCUUACAAAGCCGGGUCUGUCCUUGGAUUCUGCUUGGUCGGACUCGCCUUGUUGUUCCUGACUCUACUGAUCAUGAUCUACAGGAGAGUGUACCUCCCAGACAAAGAGUCAACUGAGAACCCUGAAGAAUACCUUAUGAUGUUUGAGAAAAUUGCAGGAUACGGACUCGGAGGAUCUUCCAUUGCUCUCUUCGGUAGAGUAGGUGGUGGUAUCUACACUAAGGCUGCAGAUGUCGGUGCCGAUCUCGCUGGUAAAGUCGUCAAAGGACUCCCAGAAGAUGAUGUCAGGAACCCAGGAACCAUCGCUGACAACGUCGGUGACAAUGUAGGAGACAUCGCUGGUAUGGGUUCAGACUUGUUCGGGUCACUUGCUGAGUCAUCAUGCGCCGCCCUCGUCGUGUCUGGAACAUCUGAACAGCUUGUUCUGAACACUGGAGCAUUCUACUACCCACUGUGCAUUACUGGAAUUGGAGUCGUGGUAUGUUUGAUCACAUGGGUGUUCGCCACCAGCCAAGAAGCAUGUUGCAAGAUUAAUAGAUUCAGUGAUGUUGAGAGAGUGAUUAAGUACCAACUGGUCAUUUCGACUGUAUUAUUGAUUCCAGCUUUGUUUGCAGUUGCAUUCUUUGUGCUGCCUCCAACAUUCAGCUUCACUGGAAUCGAUCACGAAGUCACCCACAUUGAAGUAUUUGUGUGUUCUCUGUGUGGACUGAUCUCAGGAUUCUUGAUUGGAAUUGUCACCGAAUACUACACAUCCAACGAGUACCGCCCAGUUCAGGAACUGGCUGACUCAUGCAAGAAAGGAGCUGCUCCAAAUAUCAUCAAAGGACUGGCUUUGGGAUACAUGUCAUGUGUGGUCCCAAUCUUCUGCUUAGCCAUCACCAUCUAUGUGUCAUUCACCUUAGCCGGAAUGUACGGAAUCGCUGUUGCUGCUUUAGGAAUGCUUUCAAACUUGUGUAUCGCAUUGGCUAUUGAUGGAUAUGGACCUAUUGCCGAUAACGCUGGAGGUAUUGCUGAAAUGUGCGAUCUCCAACUCACCAGAAUCAGAACUGAUAAACUUGAUGCCGCUGGAAACACUACCGCUGCUAUUGGAAAGGGAUUCGCCAUUGGAUCUGCUUGUUUGGUGUCCCUUGCUUUGUACGGAGCAUUUGCCACCAGAGCCAACCUCUCAGUUGUUAACGUUCUUGAGCCACUUCAGUUUGCUGGAUUGGUUGUUGGAGCCAUGCUUCCUUACGCAUUCUCUGCUAUGACCAUGAGAGCUGUCGGAACUGCCGCUGAAGCCAUGAUUGAUGAAAUCGCCAGACAAGACAGAGAAGGCCUCAUUAGAGAAGGAGUCGAGCCAGACUAUGCCAGAUGCAUCGCCAUUUCAACUGAGUCUUCAUUGAGAGAAAUGAUUGCCCCAGGACUCUUGGUCAUCGUGUCUCCAAUUGCUUGCGGACUUCUGUUCGGACCAAAGGGUGUAGCAGGACUGUUGGCUGGAGCCAUCGUGUCAGGCAUCCAGAUGGCCAUCUCAGCAUCCAACACCGGAGGAGCCUGGGAUAAUGCCAAGAAGUACAUCGAAGCAAACAAACUGCAGCCAGAUAUUCUCAAUGAGAGAGACGAAGAAGGAAACACAAUUGUGGUCAGACAUGGAAAAGGAACUGAGACCCACAAAGCAGCCGUUGUCGGAGAUACCGUUGGAGAUCCAUUGAAAGAUACAUCUGGACCAGCUCUGAAUAUUUUGAUCAAGUUGAUGGCAAUCAUCUCCCUUGUGUUCGCAUCAAGCUUCUAAGACUCUUAAAGAUUAUCUUGUAAACUCAUAAACUGAAUACAUAAUGAUUAGUACCCUCAUAGUUACAUAUU